AUGAGGAUUCAUACUUGGAAGAAUUACCACACCCCAGCUGGUGGCGGUAAUGCACCAUUAAAUUUAGUUGCCAACCGCCAUAAAACCGAAAGAAGAAGCAAAUUGGCGCGCGCGCGAAUCUGUAUUAUUCCACCCAUCAAGCCAACCGCCAGAAAGCUCUUCACGCGUCGUAAGCAGCUGUGUAAAGCAAUGGUAUACGCACGGGCUGUUUGGGUGGAGAAUGGGCAGCAGAUGGAAGGAGUUUUGCCAUUGAACUGGAUCGACACAGAGACCAAAGUGGUGCGAUGGCCUCUAAAAAACGUGUCUGUGGCACAUAAGCGCCUUUUACAACCACAGGAGGACUGGUUAAGCUUUGAAUUUGUUAAAGUCAAAGUGACAUCAGUAAGCCGACAGGAAUGUGAAAAAUAUAAUUACACCUCAGCUCAAACCGAAGAGGAGGACACAGUCAGUCAAAAGAGAAUGAAGAAAAGAAGGAAAUUUGAAGAUUAUGUUCAAGGGUCAGAUUUGUCUGCUGAGGAGGAUGAGUCCUUGCCAGACAAGAAAAAGGAGGAUACAGUGUUGCUUCCGGUUCCUCCGCCAAAGCUCUCACAUAGGGGACCAAAUGCAAUGCUGCUCCAGUUACCUGCACCCCCAGAACUGGCUAACACCGCCAUUAGACAACCAGAGAGUCCUGCAUCUUCGGACAUUUCUGGAUGUUCUCGUCCAACGCUUCACCGUUCACCCACAAGGUCUGAAUCAACAGAAGCAUUUAGUCCAGUGUCAGCCAGAUCUAGGGGUUCUCGCACACCUCAGCGUGGAGUUCGAAUGCCAUCACAAUCCAGGAGCAGAAAAGAUCGGGCAUCCUCAUCCAGAUCAAGGGGUUCUUGCACACCUCAGCGUGGAGUUCGAAUGCCAUCACAGUCCGGGAGCAGAAAAGGUCGGGCAUCCUCAUCCAGAUCUAGGGGUUCUUGCACACCUCAGCGUGGAGUUCGAAUGCCAUCACAGUCCGGGAGCAGAAAAGUUCGGGCAUCCUCAUCCAGAUCUAGGGGUUCUCUCACACCUCAGCGUGGAGUUCGAAUGACAUCACAGUCCAGGAGCAGAAGCUUAUUCCCCAUGUCUCAAGCUAAAUACCAGAAGUCAGUGCUUGGAAAGCUAGUUGAACUUCUAGAUGAGAUAAAGAGUCGGGAGGCACUAUGAGCCCCUGAAUUCGGCUGUCCAUGUUGCUAGACUAGAAACCUUAGAAGAGUUUGCUCAAGAAGAGGCACGUCUCAAGGACCGCAACCUCUGGGAACAAAGGGUGUCCCAGCUCUCAAAGGUGGGAGGGAGGAACGAUAAAGACUGCGUCCAUAAAGUGAUGGACAGGCUUUUCACCAACAGCCUAAUGGCAUCUUUCAACAUGAAGGGGCGGGGUAGCAGUGAGAAAAAAGCCUUCCAGUAUACCACUUUUUACUCUGUGGUAAAAGCUACAGUAAUGAAGUGGAGUAAAACUGCCACAGAAGUUGAAAUCAGGGCUGCUAUGGCGGAGACACUUAAACAUGCUCCCGGGAGAGCUGGAGGUGGAGGUCGCAAAGUGUGAACAUUUGUAGUGU